GUUUCACGAAUGUGUCAAGGAGAGAAGUAGGGCGGCGGCGUCGUUUAGUGUUUGUGUGUGUAAGUCGUUUUAAUACCGAGUCUCCUCUUUGUUCCAUCCUCGCAGCUGCGUGUGUGUGUGUGAGCGAAAGUGAGGGAGCAGCAGCCAUGGACAUGGUAAAGAAGGGUUUUACCAAAGCCAAAGGUGGAGUCGUGGCAGCGGCGGAGAAAACCAGGCAGGGAGUGACCGGAGCAGCUGAGAUGACGAAAGAUGGGGUCAUGUUAGUCGGCAACAAAACAAUAGAUGGUGUCUCAACAGUUGCAGGUAAAACUGUGUCUGGAGUAUCUCACAUGGGUGGAGCUGUGGUUACCGGGGUUACGGCUGUGGCCCAGAAAACUGUGGAGAGCGCAGGCACCAUUGUCACCGGACUGGUCAAGAAGGAUCCAGCCAAACCGACUGAUGACGCUGCCGCUGCCGCCGCCGCAGUAGAGAACGUGGCAGAGUCACCGGUGGAUACUGAGCCUGCUGACGCUGAAGCUACUGAGGAGGACUCCGACGACUGAGAGCUUCACAAUCAAAGAUCAGCGAAAAACAUUCCAUGUCGCUCUGCCAAGUCCCGUCGUGCCUCGUUUUGGUCCUUUAUGGAGUCUGUGCGUGGUGUCUGUGUGUGGUUUGUUCUGUGUGUGCGUGCGUUCAGCGGAGUAAAUGUGUAACUGUUGUAUGGAAAGUGAGAUUAAGUGUGUGUGUGUGUGUGUCAUUUGAGACCAGCUGUCAUUUACAGUGACUCCCUCCCACUGAGAAGGCCACCUGGUCACUGCAUGCGUGUGUGUACGUGUGUUUUCUGUGUGGUCAGUCGCUGUAACGUGGAAAAACCACCACGAUUUACCACUUCAAAACACCUAAGUGUCUCAAAAUAAAUCAAAUAUUUCCAGAGAUCUGGUUGAGAUUAAAUCAAAAGGAUAUUCUCUCUUUUUGUUUGUGAGCUGUCACUGUUUUUGUUUCUUGUUUGUUUUUUUUGCGGUGGAACAAAUUUUGUGCGUUCAUACUCUUUAAGCUAUUGCUGCUAUAAAAAAAAUGAAUGAAUAAAUAUAUAUAUAUAGAUAUCAUCAUGACUGGACUUUUGAAAAACAAGAGCAUGUAAACUAUUAAGUGUUGAAUAAAAAACGUGAAAAAUC